UUUGUAAUGACUCAUAUGUACCUAUUCAUAAUUGGUAAAUGUGGCAAUAGUGUAAAUUUAGUAAGAAAGUAUUACCAAUUGCAAAUAACUAUUCAGUACCAACAUAUUAAAAACAAUUGUCUUCUGUAAAAUUUUCUUGUAAAAGAAAACAUGGUGAAAGUAAAGUGCAAGGAGUUACGUCUUAAGGACAAAAAGGACCUCACCAAGCAACUUGAGGAACUAAAAACCGAACUGUUGACCCUUCGUGUAGCUAAGGUUACCGGAGGAGCACCCUCAAAGUUGUCCAAGAUACGAGUAGUCCGUAAAGCAAUUGCCCGUGUGUAUAUUGUUAUGCACCAAAAGCAAAAGGAAAAUUUGAGGAAGCUGUACAAAAAUAAGAAGUACAAGCCGUUGGACUUGAGACCGAAACUCACGCGUGCUAAGCGACGUGCACUUUCUAAGCAUGAUUCCAAUAUAAAAACGUUGAAGGAAAGACGAAAGUUGUCACUUAAUCCUGUUAGGAAGUAUGCAUUGAAGGCAUAAGUUUCUAUUCACAAUAUAAAUUAAACAAUUUUU